AUGGACGAUUCUUUUGAAGUAAAUCAAGAAUCAGAAGAAAUGUCAUAGGAAUCAAUACAAGAUCAAGAUGAUUUUGUUGAAAGGGUAAAUUAAUUAAAGAAAAUUGUACCAAAUAAAUAAGAAGACUAUGAAAUAAUUGAAGAAGGAUUACCUGAUGAUUUAGUUGAAUUAUAAGAAAAAAUUUAAAGAAAAGAAUAAAAAAAGAUUGAGUAAAAACCUAAAAAGAAAAGUUAUGUACCUGUUAAUUAAAUACGAACAACAAUGAUUAUACAAUUGUUUAAGUUAUUUUAAGAUCAUAAAACUAUGAAUAAUUAAAAUGAUUUUGCAUUUAAAUUGUCAAAUUUUUAAUUUGAUACUAUAGAAAUGAUAGAAACAAAACUAAAUUAAGCUAAAAAUUUAUAAGAAAAAGUGUUUUCACUUUUUUAAGGUUUUGCCAUAACUUUUUCAUUAAAAAAUUAAUUUUUCAAAGAAUUAAAAAUUACUAAUUUAAGUCCAUUAGAGUAUAUUAUAAGUUUUGGGUAAUUAUGUAAAUAUUAUGGAUUGAAUGUAAGAUUAGUAAGAGCAUUUGAUAUAGGGUUUUUGGGUUUAGAAUUAAAAUUUAAAAUUAGAACAAUAAAAAAAAAUGAAUAAGAGAAUGAGGAGGUAGAAUAAAAUACUAAAACUAUUUUUGAUUUAAAUUCAUAAUUUAUGACAUAAUCAGAAAAUAUUGAGUCUUUAAAUUAGUUUAUAUAUUAAAAAUCUAAUUUAAAAGAUAAAGGAUUAAAAUUAUCAUUAUAAUUAUAAUAAAAAUAAUAAUAAAAUGAAAGUAAAAAUUUAAUGGAUCUUUAAUAGGAAUUAAAAAAACCAAAAAAAAAGGAUAAUAAAAAAUACCCAAAUGAAAGAUAAAUUAAUUAAGAUAUUUAAACAUAUAAUCAUAAUAUUUGGCUUGAAUUUUAUGAUUCUAAUUAGAAUUAAUGGAUUCCAUUUGAUCCUAUAUCAGAUAAACUUGUGUUAAUGGAUAUAAAUAUUUUAAAAACAAAACUUUAAAAUAGCUUUAGUCAUUUUAUUAUUGCUGCUUAAGAUUUAACAUUUAAAGAUCCAAAUUUUCGUAUAAAUAGAUUAUUUGAGAAUACUCAUUUUGUAGAUGUUACAUAAAAAUAUUCUUAUAAUUAUUAAAUUCAAAGAUGUUAAUUAUCUCUAGAAAGAUGGUUUAAUCAAUUAGCUUAUAAUGCAAGUAAUAUGAAUAAAUAUUUUAGAAUUAAUCUACAAAGGACUUUAAUAAUUAGUUAAUGAACCUAUUAGUGCAAAUAUAAUAGUACCAUCUCCAUAAAAUUAUACAAAUGAGAAAGAAUUUAAAUAUAGUUAAUUUUAUGCUCUGACAUCAUAACUUUCAUAAUAUUAAAUGAUACAUCCAGAUGCAAAACCAACUGGUUUUAAAUUCAAAAAUGAAGAUAUUUAUUUAUAAAGUGAUGUUUUAAUUCUUCAUUCCAGAGAUAAAUGGAGAGAAUAUUUAAGAGAAGUUAAACCUGAUUAAUAAUCAAUUAAAGAAGUAAGUUAAAAAUUUGAUAAAACUAAAACUACUGCUUUAUAUGCUAUUUGGUAGACUAAUGAUAUUAAGGUAAGUUUAGAAGAUAAUGAUGGAAAUUUACCUGUUAAUGCUUAUGGAAAUUAUGAAGUAAAAUAAUUUAAAUAAUUGAUUAGACUUUCUCUUUUCCACCUCCAAAAGGUACUAGACUUGUCAGAUUACAAGGUAUCAAACAUUUGUUGGCCAAAAAUAAUAUUAAAUUUACUGAAGCAGUUGAUGGUUUUGAUUCUUAAAAUGGAAGAAUGUUUGCUUAAAAAUGUGGUUAUUUGAUAUUAAAUGAAGAUUAUGAUAAAAUUAUGGCACUUUAUGAAUAAUUCAAAAUUGAAAUAGCUGAAAAGAACAAAAUUAAUAAAAAAAAAGAAUUAAUUAAAUUAUGGAGUGAUUUAUUUAAAACUAUUCUAUUGAAAAGAGAUUUAUAAGCAAAGUACUAAUAAACCAAUUGA